CGAGAAUACAGGUUCCACAGCGUGCACAAAAUCGAUAAGGACUAAUUUCUUGGAAAACUAUCCUCUAACAGAAGACUGAAGGAAUGCUGUUGGCCUGAGGAAACGAGCACCAUGCAGUGGAACGACAGCUCGGUGGCAUCGGCAGGGUCAGGGAUCGGUUUGGGCCUGCUGCCCGGAGCAGGGCCUGGGACUGGAGUGUGUGGCGUGGCCCUGGAGGAGGGCCUGGAGCUGGGCAACCUGUCUCUGCGCUGCUGGCUGCAGCUCCUCUCCCAGGAGGCGGGCGAGCAGCCGGGCGACGCCAGCGCCAGUCUGGCCGUGCGCGUGGUGGUGGCGCUGGUCUACCUGGUGGUCUGCGCCCUCGGGCUGGUGGGCAACCUCCUGGCGCUCUACCUGCUCCGCUCACGCCAUCGCCUCAAGCACUCGGCCAUCGACUGCUUUGUCAUGGGCCUGGCGGUGACAGACCUGCAGUUUGUGCUCAUGCUCCCCUUCUGGGCGGUGGACACGGCGCUGGAUUUCCGCUGGCCGUUCGGCUGGGUCAUGUGCAAGCUGGUCAGCUCUGUGACGACGCUGAACAUGUACGCCAGCGUGCUGUUCCUGACGGCCAUGAGCGUGGCCCGCUACUGCUCACUGGCCUCCGCGCUCAAGAUGCACUCGCCCAAGACCGCCGUGACAGAGGUGAGGUGGGCCAGCGUGGGCAUCUGGGUGGUGUCGCUGCUCGCCACGCUACCACAUGCCAUCUACUCCACAACCGCACAGGUGUCAGAUGAUGAGCUGUGCCUGGUGCGCUUCCCUGAGUCUGGCCGAUGGGACCCCCAGCUGCUGUUGGGCCUCUACCAGACGCAGAAGGUGCUGCUGGGUUUCGUUUUCCCCCUGGUGGUCAUCACCUGCUGCUACCUGCUGCUGCUCCGCUUUCUGGUGCGCCGCCGUGUAGCGAGCCUGCCGCUAGGGGGCGCAGUUGGCGUUGGCGUGUCCUCGAGGGUCGACAUGCAGCGUCAGCGACGCAGCCGAAGCUCGCGCGUCACCCGCUCCGUCAUGGUGGUGGUGCUGUCCUUCUUCCUUUGCUGGCUGCCCAAUCAGGCACUGACACUCUGGGGCGUGCUCAUCAAGUUCGACCUGGUGCCCUUCACCAAGGCCUUCUACAACGCCCAGGCCUACGCCUUCCCACUAACCGUGUGCCUGGCGCACGCCAACAGCUGCCUCAACCCCGUGCUCUACUGUCUGGUGCGCCGCGAGUACCGCGCCGGCCUCAAGGAGCUGCUCCUGCUGCGCCUCCGUGCCACGCCCUCCCUGCGCAGGCUGGCCAAUCGGGCGCUAGCACUGUGCCGGGGCAAAAAGGUGGAGGCCGAAGCCCCUCCAACCACGGCGACGGUCACAAGGAAAGCGGGCGUGACUCCGCAAACGCCGCAGCCUCUGGUGCCCCAGGACACGCCCACGCUGGCCGUGGUGAAGUUGGAUAACAACAUGUGAUUGGAUGGAGUAGACGGAACCGUACAGCAUGAGAUUGGAUGGAGUGGUUUUUGGUAAAAUGGAUGGAAGCAUGUAAUUGAAACUAUAGAUGGAGUCAUGUAGAGCAUGGUGGAUGAUGGCAUGCAAUUGGACAGCUGGACAGACUGGUAGCCGUGGAAAUGGACCCUGUCAUGUGAUUGGUCAGUUAAGAUGUGGUAAGAGUGGACACUGGCACAUGAUUGGAAAAACUGUCUUUGGUGGGAUGUUGGCUUUGGGAUUGGACAGAGUGACAGUAUGAACUAGAGAAUGUAAUUCCAGGGAAUUACGAGUGCAUGAAAA